UGAAUGGACCUACAAGCUCUCACGACGAAUCGUUUGGGGUCCGGAGGAAAGCAGAAUCUCUUUGCACCAACAAAGAGCGUCUCGGAGAGCAGUCUUUGGUUAGAAAAUCGUACCAACGAGGUUGCCGACUCGAUACAGAAAGGCGGAGGGAUGGGAGUUGCGGGAGGUUUGCACGGCGGGGCUGCCAAAGGUGGACGGAGAAAUUUGACGAUCGAAACGAAUCCAAAAAAAGACUUCAAAGACGAUGUAUGUCUGAUCACGACCCCCGCCUACUAUGAGAUUUACCGACCCCCGCUAAAGUAGAGAUAUGGGAGAUACUGACUUGGGGGCUUGGGUUUGCAGAUCAUUGACGACCUUAACAAAGACCUCCAGAAGCUACAGAAAUGCGUCACGUGUGUUAUCUGUCAUGAUAUGCUGUUCGAGCCUUUCUCUCUACAAUGCGGUCAUGUAUUCUGCUACACGGUAUGUGGUACUCUGGAUACUUUACUCCCUCGGAGCCCUCCGUUAGGCUGACAAUGGUUUUGAACAACCUAGUGUAUGGUGGAUUGGCUAGGGCUAUAUAAAAAGAGAACUUGUCCAGAAUGCCGAUCGGUUGUCAAAACCCAGCCAGCACCAGCUUAUUUGGUAAGCCUUCAAGUCGGGAAUAUUUCGACAAGAGUAAUUGCUGACCGCAUUGGAUCUGGAUCAGAUUCGAGAUAUGAUUGAGACUUUCGUCCAUAGGGCUGAAUUGACCUCUCCUCAUGGCACUGGCUCGGAGCUACGGAAGCAACAGCGGGAGGCUCUGGCAGCUAUCGAAAGGGAUAGGGCUGCGGAGGGCAAGGAGACUGGUGGUUUAUUCAAGGGCAUGUUCAAGAAAAAGGGGCCGCGUGGGCUGCGUGGUUUCAUGGAUCCUGCGGACGGUGUUACAAGGUGUCCGACCUGUAACUGGGAAGUAGAGGAUGGCCUUUGUACCAAUUGUGGCGUGGGGGUUCGUGAACCAAGGGGCCAUGUUUUCUCUGAUUCAGACGAGGAUGAAUCCGACGAGUCUGAUGAUGAUGAUGAUGAUGAUGACUCGGGUGACUCGGGUUCGGACAGCGCUGAUCUGAGCAAUCAGUUCGGCCACGAUCCGGAGCAAGAGUUCGAUGAUGAAGAGGACGAGGAUGAAGAAGAAGACGAAGAUGAUGAAGAUGAGGAGGAAGACGAGGAUGAUGAAGAGGGCGAUGAGUGGCAAGACGAGGAGGAUGUUCCCGUGUAUAAUAAUGUGGGCCCUCCGGGAAGGAAUGCCGGGUUUCCGGGCCCACAUGCUACAAAUCGGUCACAGGUGCAUUUCCACCAGAUCCACCACUCGGGGUCCAGCAGAAAUAUUCCUACCUCCCAAACCGCUAGCCAAGAGUUUCACAGGGGUGACGAGUUCAGGAUGUUCCCUUCAAGCGGAACUGAAGGGGCGGGCAGGAGUGAUACUGAAGGUAGUUUAGCGGAUUUUGUGGAACACGACACACCCGAAAACCGUCGUCGAUUGCAACGGGGAAAUACAGGGAAUGGCAAUACCAGAGUUAUCCAACAAAUUACCAUUAAUUCAUCGCCCAUUCUUAUCUCAUCUACCCCGGCCAGUUCCUCCAAUGUGCCUCCGAGGCGACGCGGAAGAAGGGUUGUCAUGGAAGACGAGGAUGAGAAUGAUUCAUCGUUUUCCAGUGCCGCUCCCGGCCAGGCAGCGUUGAGAAAUACCAACGAUUUUCCAUCGUGGCCGGAGGAUGACGUUCAACAGUUCGGAUAUUCGCCGUUAGGGGAAGUGACGACCGCUAGCGAGAACGAUGAUGAUACCCUCUCAAGCCCACCAGGUCGGAGACUCCGACGCGGCGGACCGCCUAGUAGUGGUGGGAGCCGCAGUGUUCCCAGUGUUCCAGAGGAAGAUGAAGAAUCAGGCUCUGGUAGAUUUGGUGAUGACGAUGAUAGUGAGGAUGAAGAUGGUGAUAUCAUCAUGACUGGCACCCGGAACAAUGCGAGGAGGGGUGCCAAUGGUAGGAGAACUCAGAAUAGGGGUGGAAAUCGCACUCGGCCCGUUGAAGUUCAAGAUUCAGAUAGUGACUUGGACAUCCAGCCAAGACCGGCAAGACGAAAUGGGAGGGGUAACACUUCAUCCAGUAACCGCUCGAUACACGGCCGGAAUGCUGCUGGGAAUAACAGGUCGACCAAUUCUCGCGGCAGGUUCAACCCUAACUUGCAGAAUAUAUUUUCUGCCCACCAUCAACAGAGAGAACAGACGCAGUAUGAUGCCCUGGCAAGGUACAGUGUUAGCCCGGCAAGAAGCAUUACCCCUGUUCAACGACAACACACGGGCGAAUCUAGGAGAAAUUCAACUCCACUCAGAAGCAUGGAGCAGAGCAAUCCACCCAUGUCACCCUUGAUUCGUUUGUCGAACGACCCCCCAACCCCGGCGUCCACCCAAAGCCAUUUACCGCCAUCAUUAUCUCUACUUUCCCCCAUGCAGAGCCCUGUUCAGAAUUCCCGUCAAUCUCGUGCCGGCGGACUCGGGCCUCCAGCGGAACACCAGAUCAUUAAUAAUAGCCGCCCUAUCUUGAGCAAUCCGCCUUCAGAUAUGCAACAAGCUCCAAGAGCAGGCUCCAUGGUGUUUUCUCCCCCCGGGCUGAGGGUUAGGGGUAGGAGCUCUAGACAGCAAUUACGGGGGACUUCGAGCAGGGCUGGGCUUCGCGGUGGAAGCAUUACACCCACUCAAUCCUUAACGACUAGCAACCUUGCUGCCCGCCGCCAAAAUACUGUUAGUUUAGAGCGGGAUGCGAUAUUCGCCAGAGGGGCAGCCGCUAUCGGAAGAAGGCAGCAAGCCCCCCCGAGAGAUCCUGCGGGGACACAAUUGGGGCGCAGAAACAGUCGGAUCUCAUUGAACCCAAACACCAACCAAUCGCAGAGCCAGGUUCAGAGCCAGUCUACUGCGGCAGAAACAUCCAGAGUAACUACCAGAGGCGGACAGCAAGUGGGUUCAGCGUCGGGGCGAAUCGGAGUUCCCAUAGCUAACGGACCGGUUUCGCAAUCAAGCGGAGGACCUCUGUGGGCUCUUAGUGGCGAUGAUAGGUGAUGAAUGCGAUUGGAACAAUAAUUUUCAUUUCCAUUGAUUUUGCUUACGGUGUUUCCUUUAUGCAUUGGGUGGUCUUGGAAAGAGGGACUGGGAUUUUUCAGUGGUUCCUAUCAUCAUUACCUAAAAAUCCCUUUACUUCCUUUCUUUAUUUCUUAUCUCAUACAACCCCCCCGCUUGUCAUUUUAGCUUAGCUACCUAUAUUUUUUUUUCUUCUCUUUUUUCUCGCGCCAUCCAUCAUCUGGCAUCAUGCCCAUAAAACAGCUCCUUCUAUCACCCUCGAUGUGAAAACAAAAAUGAAAGGUGAAUUCGGAGGGGGGGGAGAGGAGGUGCUAGGAUAGGGAGCAUGCAGUUGCCUUUUUUUUUGUUCUUUUACUCUCGUUUUUAGCUCUCCCCCCCUGAUGGAUGUCGUGUCUAUUGUUUCCUCUAAUACUUUUUUUUGAUGCUUUAUGCAUUAUGUAGGUACGAUAUUAUGUGUGAUGAUCUGUUUGAUAAGUAAACUUUCUUUUUUUUUCUUUCUUUUCUUUCUUUCCUUCCCAUGAUAAAUAUGAUAUCAUAUGAUUCCUGACUUUAUCGACCGUGAUCAUAAAUGGUCACUCGAGAUCAGGCUUCUGCUGUUUUAGCUUUUCGUCGUACCCAUCAAGUUUGCCGUCUGUCAUCUGCUGCCUAGAGUCUAUGUAUUAUUCAAAACCUCCGCUCACCACCUAGAAAAAGUAUCAUGAUGAAUAAAAAAUACGGAAAUUUUACAAAAAACGAACAAAGCGAUACUAUCCCUAUCUAUCCAUCCAUCCGCCUACUCCUCAUCCUCAUCCACAAUCCCGGCAGCCCUUCUCUCCACCCUCAUCAACUCCCUCUUGCGCAGAGCAAUCCUCUGCUGCGCGCCGCGCUUCUCCUCACGCAGCUGCGUGUACACCCAAAACAGCCACAUAAUCUCAACGAAACCCCAACUAAACACGAGGCUGUUCUUGACGGGAUGCGUGGUGACCGUCCCACGCGGGCCACGGUAGAACCAUGUGUACCCCGUCAGGAGGAAGAAGAAGGCGAGGCGCACGGGUGCUUGCGCGUCCCAAUACCCACGUGAGACCUCCUCCGCGCUAGAAACAGCGACGAAGUCGCCCACCGAGUGGAGGAUGAAGACUAGUCCCAGGAGGGAAGUUGCGAGGGGGUUCAGGUGGAAGGUGGACUUUGGGUGUGGCUGUGAGGUGAGGUUAGUAUCAUAGGGUGGCGGGGGAGGGGGAGGGGGAGGGGGAGGGUUAUACUAGGCCUAGGGAUUCACCCAUUAUAAAGAUAAAGUCUUGUUCCGCUAUUACGCGGGGGUUCGUUAUUAACAGGUAACCGAUUGUUAGGUGUGCAGCUAUGUACAUUCGAAUGAGGGUGUAUGCGCUCAGGAUGGCCAUGGCUGUUGUAAAGGGUUGGUGGUGGUUUAGUUUGUACUCGUACAGUAUAACACUGGCAGAGUGGAAUGGUUGGAGCUGCGGUGGAGGGAGGAGGAGGAGAAGGGGGUGUAAGUUGAUGCCGAUACCGUGCCGUCGGUAUGAUAUGAUAU